AUGUCGACUGCUACUGAACCCACCAAAGAGAAGCCUGUCGCCCCAGUCGAGUCCGACGAGGAGGACGAUGACAUCGAUGCCUUGAUUGACGAAUUGCAAUCCCACCACGGUGGCGAUGACGAGGAAGAUGAACAGGAAGAAAAGGUCGCUGCCGGUCAGGCUCGUGUUAUUCCUGAAGAACUUCUCCAAACCGACCCUUCUGUCGGUUUGUCUUCUGAUGAGGUCUCCAAGCGUCGCCGGAAAUACGGUCUCAACCAAAUGGCCGAAGAAUCCGAAUCCUUGGUUGUCAAGUUCCUUGGUUUCUUUAUCGGUCCUAUCCAAUUCGUUAUGGAAGCCGCUGCCAUCUUGGCUGCCGGUCUAGAAGAUUGGGUUGAUUUCGGUGUCAUUAUUGGUUUGUUGAUGUUGAACGCUGGUGUUGGUUUCAUCCAAGAAUACCAAGCUGGUUCCAUUGUCGAUGAAUUGAAGAAGUCCUUGGCUAACUCUGCUGUCGUUGUCAGAGACGGUAACCUUGUUGAAAUCCCAGCCAAUGAGGUUGUCCCUGGUGACAUCAUGCAAUUGGAAGAUGGUGUUGUUAUUUGCGCUGACGGUCGUUUGGUUACUGAAGAAUGUUUCUUGCAAAUUGAUCAAUCUGCCAUCACUGGUGAAUCUUUGGCUGUGGACAAGCACUACGGUGACACUGCUUUCUCCUCUUCCACUGUUAAGAGAGGUGAAGGUUUCAUGAUUGUCACUGCUACUGGUGACAACACCUUCGUCGGUAGAGCUGCUGCUUUGGUUAACCAAGCCCAAGGUGACCAAGGUCACUUUACUGAAGUCUUGAACGGUAUCGGUACGAUUUUGUUGGUUUUGGUUAUUGUCACCUUGUUGGUCGUCUGGGUCGCCUGUUUCUACAGAACUGACAAAAUUGUCAGAAUUCUAAGAUACACUUUGGGUAUCACCAUUAUUGGUGUUCCAGUUGGUUUGCCAGCCGUUGUUACCACGACCAUGGCUGUCGGUGCUGCCUACUUGGCCAAGAAGCAAGCCAUUGUCCAAAAGCUAUCUGCCAUUGAAUCUCUAGCUGGUGUCGAAAUCUUGUGUUCCGACAAGACCGGUACCUUGACCAAGAACAAGUUGUCUUUGCACGAACCUUACACUGUCGAAGGUGUUGAAGCUGACGACUUGAUGUUGACUGCUUGUUUGGCUGCUUCCAGAAAGACUAAAGGUUUGGAUGCUAUUGACAAGGCUUUCUUGAAGUCUUUGGCCCAAUACCCAAGAGCUAAGAGCGCUUUGACCAAGUACAAGGUUUUGGAAUUCCACCCAUUUGACCCCGUCUCCAAGAAGGUCACCGCCGUGGUGGAAUCUCCAGAAGGUGAAAGAAUUAUCUGUGUUAAGGGUGCCCCAUUGUUUGUUUUGAAGACUGUCGAAGAAGACCACCCAAUCCCUGAAGACGUUCACGAGAACUACGAAAAUAAAGUUGCUGAAUUGGCCUCCAGAGGUUUCCGUGCCUUGGGUGUUGCCAGAAAGAGAGGUGAAGGUCACUGGGAAAUUUUGGGUGUUAUGCCUUGUAUGGAUCCUCCAAGAGAUGACACUGGAUCCACUGUUAACGAAGCCAGACGUCUAGGUCUAAGAGUUAAAAUGUUGACUGGUGAUGCCGUCGGUAUUGCUAAGGAAACUUGUCGUCAAUUGGGUUUGGGUACUAACAUCUACAACGCUGAAAGAUUAGGUCUAGGUGGCGGUGGUGACAUGCCAGGUUCUGAAUUGGCCGACUUCGUUGAAAAUGCUGAUGGUUUUGCUGAAGUUUUCCCUCAACACAAGUACGCUGUUGUUGAAAUCUUGCAACAAAGAGGUUACUUGGUUGCCAUGACUGGUGACGGUGUCAAUGAUGCUCCUUCUUUGAAGAAGGCUGAUACAGGUAUUGCUGUCGAAGGUGCCACUGAUGCUGCUCGUUCCGCUUCCGAUAUUGUUUUCUUGGCUCCAGGUUUGUCUGCUAUCAUUGACGCUUUGAAGACUUCCAGACAAAUUUUCCACAGAAUGUACGCCUACGUUGUUUACCGUAUUGCCUUGUCUCUUCACUUGGAGAUCUUCUUGGGUCUAUGGAUUGCCAUUUUGAACAACUCCUUGAACAUUGACUUGAUCGUUUUCAUUGCCAUUUUUGCCGAUGUUGCUACCCUAGCUAUCGCUUACGACAAUGCUCCUUUCGACCAAAAGCCAGUUAAGUGGAACUUGCCUAGAUUAUGGGGUAUGUCCAUCAUUUUGGGUGUUAUCCUUGCUGUCGGUACCUGGAUUACUUUGACUACCAUGUUUGUCCCUAAGGGUGGUAUCAUCCAAAACUUCGGUUCUAUCGACGGUGUUUUGUUCUUGCAAAUCUCUUUGACUGAAAACUGGUUGAUUUUCAUCACCAGAGCCGUCGGUCCUUUCUGGUCCUCUAUCCCAUCCUGGCAGUUGGCCGGUGCUGUGUUCAUUGUUGACAUCAUUGCCACUAUGUUCACUCUAUUCGGAUGGUGGUCUCAAAACUGGAACGAUAUCGUUACUGUUGUCCGUGUUUGGAUUUUCUCUUUCGGUGUCUUCUGUGUUUUGGGUGGUGCUUACUACUUGAUGGCUACUUCCGAGUCUUUCGACAGAAUGAUGAACGGUAAGCCACUCAAGGAAGAACCACCAAAGAGAUCUAUCGAAGAUUUCUUGGUCGCCAUGCAAAGAGUCUCUACUCAACACGAAAAGAAUCAUUAA